AUGUACCGCGGUCACUUGAUGAACUGCGAGGACAACAUGAAUGCCAUGUUGGAGGGUGUUACUGUCACAGGUCGCGAUGGGAAGGUCACAAAUCUGGAGCAGGUCUACCUACGGGGCUCGCAGAUUCGAUACUUCAUCCUCCCAGACAUGCUUCGUCACGCGCCCAUGUUCAAGAAGAAGGGCCGUGGUGCUGGUCGCGGUGUCUACGGCCCUGGUGGCAAGGGACGUGGCAAGGGCCUGGCUGCUCGUGCGCGAACCGCCGCCGCGGCCAGCCGGAAGUAA